CCAGGGGGGAGAGAGAGCAGUAAUGGCGGCCGGUGAGAUCCACACACAAACACCGCGUCCCUGUCCGUAAUCAGCCGCACUCACCGCAGCCCUCCGCGGGCAGCCAGAGACACGGACCGGCCGGAGACACGGGCCUGAGGGGGGACGGGAAUCCUUCAGCAGACCUUUUACUGCCUGGGACUCGGCUUCUUACUCUCUUAAAACAUACAAAUAAAAAACAUGGAUGAGCACCCCGGCGGAGGAGGAGGAGGAGGAGGAGGGGGAGGAGGAGGGAUCGCUACGGGCGCUCCAAGGCAGCCUCCGCCGCCGCAGCAGCAGCAGUCGGGGAACAACGGCAACGCUAAUCCGCCUCUCGGUGGCGGUGGAGGAGGGGUGAUGGUUCCCCACCAGCCGGACGAGCUGCCCCGGCCGCAGCAGCAGUACACCAUCCCCGGUAUCUUGCACUACAUCCAACACGAAUGGGCCCGGUUCGAGAUGGAGAGGGCGCACUGGGAAGUGGAGAGGGCCGAGCUCCAGGCCCGGAUAGCGUUCCUUCAGGGGGAGAGGAAAGGUCAAGAGAACCUGAAGAAUGACCUGGUCAGAAGAAUAAAAAUGUUAGAAUACGCAUUAAAACAGGAGAGAGCAAAAUAUCACAAAUUAAAAUAUGGAACAGAGUUAAACCAAGGGGAGAUGAAGAUGCCAAGCUUUGAAUCAGACACCAAAGACUCGGAGGUCUCUGCUGUUCCUGCCAACAGUCAGCUCACCUGGAAACAAGGACGGCAGCUUCUCAGACAGUACCUGCAGGAGGUGGGAUACACGGACACCAUCCUGGACGUUCGCACUCAGAGGGUCCGCUCUCUUCUGGGUCUGUCGGGUUCCGAGCAGAACGGGUCGGUGGAGAACAAGAACCUGCAGCACCUCAUCAACGGGACGGAGCGUCGCAAGGACGCCAAGAGGAGUCCAGGGGACGUUCUGGAGACAUUCAACUUCCUGGAGAACGCAGAGGACAGCGACGAAGACGAGGAUGAAGAGGGAGACCUGAUGGACGACAUCAGCACCGACAAACACCACAGAGCCAAGAAACAUAAGAGCAAAGUGGGAAAUGAGGGUUUGGCGUCAGAGGACGAUGCCGACACUGAGGAGGCGCUGAAGGAGUUUGACUUCCUGGUAACGGCUGAAGAUGGAGAAGGAGCAGGUGAAGCCAGAAGUUCUGGAGACGGAACAGAGUGGGCGGAGCCACUGCCGUUUCCCACCGGUGGGGGGAAGUCCUUCCUGUUGGGGGGGUCCGAGGACGUGUUGGAAAACGUGUUGGGGUUAGGAGACCUCGCAGACCUCACUGUCACCAACGACGAAACAGACUACAGCUACGACCUGCCGUCCAAUAAGGAGUCUUCAUUCAGGAAGACGUGGAAUCCAAAGUACACACUGCGGAGCCACUUCGACGGCGUGCGAGCGCUGGCCUUCCACCCGGUGGAGCCCUGUCUGGUCACGGUGUCUGAAGACCACACCCUCAAACUGUGGAACCUCACCAAGACCGUCCCCGCCAAAAAAAGUGCCUCUUUUGAUGUAGAACCCAUCUACACAUUCAGAGCCCAUGUCGGUCCCGUCCUGUCCUUGGCCAUGACCUCCAGUGGCGAACAGUGUUUCAGCGGAGGCAUCGACUCCACCAUCCAGUGGUGGAACAUCCCCAGCUCCAACGUGGACCCGUACGACACCUACGACCCCAGUGUAUUGGCUGGGUCAUGGGUGGGGCAUACAGACGCUGUGUGGGGAUUGGCUUACAGCGGCAUCAAGAACCGCCUCCUGUCAUGUUCGGCCGACGGAACGGUUAAACUGUGGAACCCACAGGAGAAGAACCCCUGCAUCAGCACUUUCAACACAAACAGAGAGCACGGCGUCCCCACGUCUGUGGACUUCAACGGCUGUGACCCCGCCCACAUGGUGGCGUCCUUCAACAGCGGAGAUGUGGUGGUGUACGACCUAGAGACUUCCCAGAAUGCACUGGUGCUGAAGGGCCAGGGAGAAGGCACUCUUCCAGGGUCCAAUCAUAUCAAUAAGGUUGUGAGUCACCCGACGCUGCCCGUCACCAUCACAGCUCAUGAAGACAGACACAUCAAGUUCUACGACAAUAAGUCAGGUAAAGUGAUCCAUGCCAUGGUGGCUCACCUGGAUGCAGUGACCAGUCUGGCUGUGGAUCCCAACGGGAUCUACCUGAUGUCAGGAAGUCACGACUGCUCUCUGCGUCUGUGGAACCUGGACAGUAAAACGUGCGUCCAGGAGAUCACGGCUCACCGCAAGAAGAGCGAGGAGGCCAUCUACGAUGUGGCCUUCCACCCCUCCAAGGCCUACAUCGCCUCAGCCGGAGCCGACGCCCUCGCCAGGGUCUACGUCUAAAACCACCGAAGAAGAAGAGACGACUGCGGGGCGAUAGACACAGACAGAUGCAGGGAAAGAGAGAGAGAGAGGCGGGUCUGUAUAAACCGGACUCAGGUGUGUUCAGGGUCUGAGACGACGAGGACACGCAUCAACCCCACGUUAACACCACGCCACACCAGGGGGCGGAGCUUCACGCCUCCCUCCAACUGACUGCAGACAGACGCACGGACGUUCACAAACCGGAAACACGUCGUGCGAAUGUUGUAAACGCCGCUCAGCUGAUCUGUGACGGACGACACUACAUGACCCCUGACCCCCGAGUCAACACUACAGAACGGAAAAACCCCCAGAAUUCACAGCGACGUCGGCGAGGACGCGGGUUCUACUCCGGUUCUCCGACUCAGACGUGGAGUCGCAGCAGCGUCACAGGCGGUUCAGUCUGAAACGGACCUGACUCCGAAGGGUUCACAAGGAGCUGAUUUCAGGAAACGUGUGUUCUUCCCUCUUCACCUUUGUUAUUGAUCAUCAGAUGAUCAGAACCGACGUCAUCAUUAAAACGGGACAGACCUCCCCUCGCUGAUGUCAUGACCUUUGACCUUUAACCCACCGAAGGAGGUUCCACAGAUGAUGUUUCAUCACUAAGUUUAUGUCCACCAGCCUGGUCCUGAUCCAGAACCCGGUCUUGGAUGUGGAUCUGGUCCUGGAUCUGGUUCUGGUUCCGGUUCCGGUUCCAGUCCUGGAUCUGAAUCCGGGUCUGGUUCUAGUCCUGGAUCUGCAUUUGAUUCUCAUCCUGGUUCUGGUCCUGGUCUUAGGCUUGAUCCUUGUCCUGAUCCAGGUCCUGGUCCCAGUUGGUCCUGGUUCUGGUCCUGGUCUUGGUUCUGAUCCCGGUCUUGGAACAGGUCCUGGUUCUGGUUCCAGUCCUGGUCCUGGUCCCAGUCCUUUAAAUCUACGUCACUUCACUGCGUUUAUAUUGAACCUAUUUCAGCCUAAAGGAUGGUCACAUGACCUGCUCCGUGCGUGGCCACAGGCCUGUUUGUAGAAAAGCAUUCUGGGGUUUUUCCUGGAACGUUUCAGAAACAGGAGACGUUCGGCUCAAACUCUGUUGUGUUCUUUAUUUAAUCGUUAAAUCUGAUCGAAAGCUUCAGAAACAGAUGCAGUUAUUUCACGUCCGGAUCGAGUUCUUCGCCACGUCUCCUGUUUCUGCCGCCGUUUGUCUCUGACGUGAUUGGUUCGUUCUGACCCCACCUCAGCCCCUGGUGGGCCAAUCAGGGCCCUCUGUUUCAGCCACAGACGAUUCAGAUUCAGACCUUUUGUUUGUUUGUUCGUUUGUGUAAAAUAAAUCUAGUUUUUAUAUCCUUUUUAUAAAUGGACGACUCUGCGUCCUCAGUCCCGUCCUGCCAUCACAUCACUCACUGCCCCGCCCAUCUACUUCCUGUCACAUGGCCGUUCACAUGGUAACAGAUGGAGGUCAGACUGAAAGUGGAGGAGAGGAGAUGGUGCGUUCAGGUGCCCUCUGUCGUCAGGGCUCAGGUUUACAUGACUGCUACGACCAGCAGGGGGCGACAUUUUAUCAGAAAACUGUGGCGUUCACUGUCAGUCUGUUGAAACCAGUGAUAGUCAUAAAUAAGCACCAUUUGGAUUUUAUGUCAGUGCAGUUGGUGUCGUUAGUAACUGCAUUAAUAAUGAAUUCUGACAAUAUACAGAAAAAACUCAGACUUUGUCACAUACAUUAAGUUUCUACCUCAUAAUUACAACUAACGUCAAAUAUUUAUGAGUAAAUACAAGUUGUUUUCUCUUAAUUCCAAGACAUUUUUUAAACACUAAGAAAAUUAAUCAUAUAAAAUUUGUAAUUAUGAUCAAAUGAUUAGCAUUAAGUCAUAAAUAGAGCCAUUGGCAGUCUCCACACAUCUCCAUGGCAACCAAACUACAUCCACUCAGCAGCAUCUGGGAUGGCGAUGAGCUGUGGUGGUUGGAAAACACCUGAACGCACCACAGACAGGCUAGUCAUUUUAAUGUCUGUGGUGCGUUUAAGGGCUACACGCUGUCAUCCAGCUGUGUAAAAAAAAAAAAAAAAAACUGAAAAAAAAAUCAGGAUUUCAAUUCAAAGCAUAGAAUACUGUAUGUUCUUAAGAGCA